AUGACAUGUGAAGCUCCAGUUAUUCGCAAUUUACAACAAUUGGUUGCUAAUGUUGAUACGGUCAAGGAUGAUAAUGUUCCGCAAGACGCUGGAGCAAAGAUGGACAAAUCCAUAAACAUUGGUAAUGCCCCUCCUAUUUUUAGGAUUCAUGGACAGAAUUUUCACCUAAUUGGAGGUUUAAUUCCUCAAGAAGGCAAUAAGCCCAAAUUUGCUCAAUUAUACAUUCACGACACGGAUAAUGAGGUAGACAAUCGGAUCAGUUCAUUCAGCAUGGGUGAAAAGAAUGCAGCAGUGCAUUUGGAAAUUGUGAAAGAUAUAAAGCAUGAUCUAGAUGAACACAAUGUGUUGGUGAAAUCAUUUCGCUGUGCCAAGGGUCAUAUUGACUCAAAUCCAAGAGUAGAUUUCAAGAUGAGGUUAAUUGGUAAGCGAAAUGGUGAUGCAAGGACAUACAACCUACCAACGGUGUCAGAGGUUGCUGCUCUUAUCGUGGGUGACAUUGAUCCAACGAUGGGUUCCAGGGAUAUUUUGGUUGAGACUAAUUCAGGUGGUCUAAAGAGGAUAAACGAGCUUAACCCUGCUUACCUUCCUUUGCAAUAUCCCAUUCUUUUCCCGUAUGGUGAAGACGGCUACAGAGAGGAUAUCCAAUUCAAUGCAGUUCGAAUCAAGCAAAGUGGUGGUCGAUGUCGUGUGUCGCAGCGUGAGUUCUUCGCUUACAGGAUACAUGAGAGGUUUAACGAUUUGUCCACAAUCUUAUAUGCACGGAGACUUUUCCAACAAUUCCUGGUAGAUGCCUACACAAUGGUUGAGUCUAGCAGGCUUCUGUAUAUUAGAAAUAAUCAAAAGUCCUUGAGAUGUGAAGCAUACAAAGGCCUUUCAGAUGCGUUGACCAGAGGAGAAGUUGAGACUAGCAAACAAGGUAAACGAAUAAUAUUGCCAUCCAGUUUCACUUGUGGUGCUAGAUAUAUGAUCCAAAAUUAUCAGGAUGCUAUGGCUAUUUGUCGACAUAAGGGUUAUCCAAAUUUAUUUAUCACAUUUACAUGCAACCCGAAGUGGCCGGAGAUUCAAAGAUACAUGAAAAAAUGCAACCUCAACGCUGAAGAUAGGCCAGACAUUGUAUGUAGGGUGUUUAAGAUGAAGCUAGACUGCUUAGUCAAAGAAAUACGGUCGGGAACACUGUUCGGUACAGUUACUGCAGUCGUAUAUACCAUUGAAUUCCAGAAGCGGGGUUUACCACAUGCUCACAUUAUAGUCUUUAUGGAAAGAUUGUCAACACCAUUUACUACACAAACAAUGGACAAAUUCAUUUCAGCUGAAAUUCCUGACAAAGAGGUUGACAUUGAAUACUACAAAGUUGUUGAAGAAUUUAUGAUUCAUGGACCAUGUGGAUUACAUAGGCCAAAAUCUCCAUGCAUGGUAAACAAGAAGUGUUCAAAGCACUUCCCAAAGAAAUUUGUUAAUGUAUCAACUUGGGAUGAUGAUGGGUAUCCGAUAUACAAGCGAAGGGAAAGUUCUAGAAUUGUGGAGAAGAAUGGUGUGCAGUUGGAUAACAGAUAUGUGGUACCACAUAAUAGAUAUUUGCUUCUCAAGUAUAAGGCACACAUCAAUGUGGAGUGGUGCAAUCAAUCUAGGGCGAUCAAAUAUCUUUUUAAGUACGUGAACAAAGGCAACGACAGGGUCAUUGCAGAAUUCUACAAGAGCACGAAUGAUGAGCAACAAAAUGACACUGUUGAUGAAAUAGCAAAGUAUUACGAUUGCAGUAUGUUCACUGCUUGGUUUGAGGCUAACAAGAAAUUUGAUUCUGCGAAGGAGUUGCCAUACAUUGACAUGCCAACAAAGUUUGUUUGGAAGAAGGAUAUCAAAGAGUGGCAUCCCAGGCAGAGGGGGUUCUCAAUUGGAAGAAUUUUUUAUGUACCUCCAGGAAGUGGUGAAAUCUACUACUUGAGGUGUCUUCUAAAUGUAGUUCGAGGGCCGACUAAUUUUGAGGACAUCAAGUCAUAUAAGGGUGUCAUAUACCCCACUUUUUGA